AUGGGAAUUCGGACGGCUUUUGGCGACGCACUGGACGCUUUCUUCGUUGCGCAACGUUCGCGUAACGCGCGGGUCAUCGAACGGCGGCUGUGUUUCGUAAACGCUGCGGCGGGCAGGGAGCCGGCGGUGGAGGGCGCGCGGGCAAUUGCGACGGGCGCGGUUUGCGCAACGGGCGGCGCAGUUGCAACACGGGAGGCGGGCGCCGCUUGGACCGCCGCCCGCGCUUGCAACACGCCACAGCGCAACGAGCCCGCCGCCCGCGCCAUUGUGACACGCCCGGAUAAGGCCCGCGGCACACGAUCCGCUGGAGCGGAGCGGGAGCUCCGCCGUUUUCGCAAGCGGCCCAGCGGCGCUCGGUUUCAAAACGUUUGCGCGCCGACUUGCGUUAUCGGCGCGGCGAUAAAGCGCACCGCGCUCCUGCCGCGCUCGCGAGACCUGAAUUCUGGAGCGUGGAAGCUAACGCCGAUAAACGCGGCGGCGGCUUUAGUGCGCCGCCCAGACUUCGCAACGUUUCGCAACGGUGGCCGGAGUUGUGUCGGCCCUACGCGAGCGGAGUGGACGAUGCAGGCACAUGCUUGCACCCGGCUCGGCUAUCAAUCAAACUUGGGGCGUCGAGGCGGAAUUGUGCAACGAGGGCCGCGGUAUAAUUGGACGCGGCCGGGACGGUUUCCCAACGCAUCCCGGCAUCUCACCGGUGGGGCAACCGUUGCGACAGCGCCUCCCUUCGGCGCUCUGCGAGCCGCGGCCGCACCGUCCGGCGAAGGCGAUUGUGCACCGCCGACGCUUAGGCGACAUUUCGCAAUGGCGCGUAUCGGCGGCCGCUUGCGCAAGCCGCGCCGAUAUAAGCCGAGCAGGAACGCUUGUGAAAACGCCUCCCGACGUCUCCCCGUCCCGUUUCCCGGUCCUCGCCGGAGCGAAGGUCGCGGCGGUGUGACGUCACCGCCCGCAGCUGAAAGACCGUACGGCCGAGAACGCGCAAUCGCGGCCCGAGGCGGUUGCGAAGCGCACGUGAGUCAGUUCGUUAAUGCGCCCGUUUUACAUUCGGGUACGUCACGAACGCAAUUAGACGCCGGAACGCGCCGGCGCGGCCCUAACUGGCGGCUAGUGGGGUCGCUAGAGCGGUGUCCUUUCGCCGCGUCGCGUUCGGCUUUUCGGGCCGCGCUACGUGCGCCGAGAAUCCUUCGAGGCCGGCGCUCGGAGCGCGCUCGGAAAUCCGGCCAACCUUCCGACCGCGUUGCGACAGCGCCGCAACUUAUUUACCACGUUGCGAAAUGCGAAUCGAUCGCGGCCGCAGCCGUCGUAAGGAGCUUUAAUUGGGAACGAUCGCGCGGCGAGGACGCCUCCCUAGGCCGAAAUACACCUCAUAUCUGGACCACAGCCACUCGGAAGGUGCGCAAACAGCGUGCUACACGCGUCGAUUCGGCCUCAAAUAGAGUGUGUCACGCUCAAUUCCCCUUCGCUUGUAUUAAUAAACGCGCUAAAUAUAUCCCAUACGGUGAUGCACGUCGAUUGAAUGCGUCGGAACGCCUACUCGACACCUGCCUUUCAACCCCGACGACGUUGAAACUGGAGUCGCUUGAAGAUGCGGUGGUCCUAGACGAUCCAGAGGAGGAUCUACUGCAAGACAAGCGCGGUUGCCCGGCCUACGUGUCUCCGGAGAUCUUGAGGGCCCAUCGAACCUACUCGGGGAGGGCGGCCGACAUGUGGUCCCUCGGCGUCAUCCUGUACACGAUGCUCGUUGGAAGGUACCCGUUCAACGACUCCGAGCACGCGUCGCUGUUCGCUAAGAUCUCGCGCGGCUACUUCGUGGUGCCCGAGUGCCUCUCGUCGCGGGGCAAGUGCCUCAUCCGCUCGCUGCUGAGGCGGGAGGCGUGCGAGCGGCUCAGCGCUAGGGACGUGCUCCGCCACCCGUGGCUGGCGCGCGACCCCAGGAACGAGCUGCCCCCGCGCGCCGCCGCCUCCCUAGACCGCCUCGUGCCCGACGUCGACCUGGACGACUGCGUC